UACUCGUUAACAAUAUCCGGGUGAUUUUUUUUCGGAAAAAAAUUGGCGGUUUGCGUUCGAGCUCUUACGAUUUCUGUUCCCGUUAGUAAAACUCUCAAGUUUAUUUUAACAAAUGUUCACUCAAGCUUAACUACAAUUGGACCGGAUCUUAUAACACUUGUAGCUGCUCCAUGGCAGUACUUGUAAGUUGCGACAACGGCUUGUUAAAUGUAAUGCUGACAAACUCCAAACAAGUUCGAGAGCUAAGUUAGCUAUCGCUAACAGUAAACUUAGUGGCUAGCUGCUUAAUAUUAGCCAGGCUGGCUUUUUCGACCAGUCACCACCAGACACCCACACCGCUUCUUCCAUUUCGGAAUAAUGGCGAAUCCGGCGUUAUUGCAGAAAAAGAACGGGAAAUAUCUGUGGUUUGCCCUCCUCGGACUGGGAUUUCAACCAGACGCUGUCAUAUCGUCUAUCGCCGGCAAAACCAACAUUAACCCUAAACACAUCAACCUGGGACCGAGUAUGUUUGACAAACCAAACAAGGAUGCUUUCUACAUAAUUACCAAUUUUCUGUUGGAGAAGCUCAACCCGGCACGAUUUCAUGAAGCAUACAGGCAUUGCUGGCCUGUUUUGAACCACAAAGCAGAUGCUGAGUUCCGCAAAGUUACCUGCGCUUGGCUGAAAGAAAUAAUGGAUGAAACUGCAAAUGCGGGAUCCAAAGUGGUUGCAUCCUUGUUCCUCUCCCCUGGAGGCCCCAAGUUUAUUAGCUUAAUGCUUCAUUUGGCCAACCAUACCAUGCUGCAGGAAAUGAAGACAUUCACCACAGAUGAUAGCUGGGUUCCUGAUGCUGCAGCGAUACCCGCUUCCUCCCUGGACAUGGCGGUCAAGAGACUCGACCUGGUCAAAAAAAGGUUUUUGAAAACUGCAGUGGAUCAAGAUCGUUUUCUCCAGGAGUACCAGAGACGAGCCCAGCUUCUGGUGAAGUCUUUGAAGGAUAUCAGAGCAGAGGAUACCAAGUAUGAUGAGCUACUUAAGCGUCAUAACAGUGAUUCUGCACAGGAGGGAGUUUCUCCAGCUGAGAAGACCAAAAAGGUGCGCUCCUUGUGGUCAACCAUUGAUGAAAUGCUGUCGACUACCAAAGAGGAGCAGAAUGCUGUGGAAAGUGUUUUGAAAGGGGAUGUAGACCAAUACAGCCUUGACGGAACAGAUCGAGUCCUCAAAAUUCCCCAGAGUCUGCUGGAGAGAAUUGAACAGCUCCCACAUCAGUUGAGUUCAGGGAAUGUGUAUGAGGCCGGCCAGCUAAACCUCCUGUGUGUGUUGGAGCUGACGAACCACGCACUGCAGAUCCUCAAGGAGGAGCGUUGUCGGGUCUCUCAUGUCCCCAAGCCCCAGCUCAGUCCUCAGCACCUGCAGGAGAAAUGUCAGCAGAUGGCCCGUGUGCUGCAGGACCUCCACCUCAUCAGACAGAAGAUUUCCAAGGAAGACAUUCCUGGGGUCAAAAGUACCAUCAGAGGGUUGGAGGCUGAGUGGGACAGGAAGUGGAUAGUCGCCCUCAAAGACACACCAUUAGUCUCUUUUUUGAAUGAAGAUCCUGCUCUUGGCUUCCUCUCACCAAUGGCUCCACUGUCAUUUAAGCCAGCGGCUGAAGCUAGUUACAGAAGUAGUGUCUUUUCCCAGUACCCUGCUAAACUUCUUGAGGAGAAGCCAGCAGAGAGUAAAUCACACGAAGGCAUCAACCCAAGUUAUUCUAACCUGAAAAGCUCUUGCUCUGCAACAGCUGAGAGGAAUGAAAGUCCUGCUGUCACAACUGAAGCAUCAUCACGAGCGAAUACCUCUCUCGACUGGAUUUUUGACACGCCUCCAUCCCCUCCUCUGAGGGCUCCGCCUGUGCCACCACCUGAGGCCAGUGUGAGGAGGACGACCUGUGUUCAUGGGAAGGUGGCUCCCAUGAGGACAAAGACUCAGAUAUUAGACAUGGAGUGUGAUAACCUCGCUGAUCAGUUUGCAGAUGCUGUAACUACUACCAGUCCCACAGAAGGCAGGGUCAAAGGUCUGGACUUGGAGGGCCUUCUCAGCACUCUUCAUGGAGAUCCCUUCUCUACUAGAAAGCAACUGCCCCGUACACCUGAGAGCUUGAUUAUGGAUGUGAAAAGCUCAUGGCGGAAGGCAGUCGAGGAAGAUAAAGCAGAGAAAAUCCGACGGUCAUUCAAGUUUAAUGACAGCAUAACAGGGCAGUUCACUUCCCUCGAGGAGCCUCAGCAUUGGUUGCUGAGCUCCAUUGCUCCCACCGAGAGUGUCUCCUGCAGUAUUGCCCCUGCUGUCACUAGCCACAGCAGCCCCCCUGUCUGCCAGCAGGGGGUCUUACUCAAGUCCACUCUGUCGUGGGACACCUUCAACACUGAGGCCCUUGACAGCCCGAGUGGCACAGGCAGCAGUGCGGUCCAGUUCAGUCUUGACCAUGAAACUCUCCCUGAAAUGCCAAGCUGUAACAGUCUGCUGAGCCUCGACGAUGAAGCAGUGGACAUGGAGAGUGAGGAAGAAGACGAUGAGCUCCUCAUCCCUUCGCUGAGGACUGACGCAAAGCAGUCGCCACUAACUGUGGCUUAUCAUAGGAGUCACACCCAGCAGGUGUGUGAUGAUGGGUCCUUCAUCGAAAGCAGGAAGAGGACACCAGAGUGCCUUCUGUCAGGUCACAGUGUUUCUGGUUUGGAUAGAGACUGGCUAACGGAGCCUGUAAAGCCAGUGGAAGCCUCAGACAAGGUCUUCUCACUGGACCUAGAGACACUGGAGACACCGUCACCCCCAAAGAAACAGGAGUACAACCUCCCAAAACUGAUCACAUUCUCUCCAAUAGAUGACAUGAAGUGUUAACUACAUAUGGAAACCGAUCUUUUUUUUUUUUUUUUUUUUCCUUUUUCUUUAACUGUCUGCCCUGAUUUUUAAUAGAUUUGUUCAAAUAUCUGUACAUAGCUGUGAAAUAACCUACUUUCGUCACAUGCUAAAUUAGUUUUCUGUGCUUGUUUAUUGGUUUUAAUUUAAAAUGGUAAGACAUGAACUUUAAUAAAAAUUGUAAAAUAUGGUUUAUUUUGUUUACUCCCCCCCCCCCCCAACUUGUC